AUGGUGUUCACCGACAGCGAAGAUGAUGAUCUGGAUGGGCCGCGGAUCAAGCGGGAAGCUGCCACUCCACCAAAGACUCUUACGAAGAAAGUAGAGAGACAAGCCCCGGAAGUCCGCCAGGUCAAUUCAGCCACCGAAGCGGAGUCCUCGGAUGCGGUCAGCAUUAAGAAGGAACCAGACACGAAGAAGCGACGCGGUCCUGCUACAAGCAACUUCGAAAGAGUGCAACUAGACUCCGAUGACGAGCUGAAUUACAUGCAAUCAGAAGAUGAAAGAUUCAACAACAGAGAGAAAGAUGCGAAGAAGAGAUCGCUGAAGUCUGCGCGCAAGGCAAGAGCUAUCGAGAAAGAAAACAAUCCUCCUGCGCGGUCAAGAAAAGGUGGCGCUACCACAGGGGUGGGCUUACAAGGUCCAAGAAAGAAGCGUAGGAAGGUUCAAAAUUAUGGCGACUCGGACCCUGAUGAAGAUCUCAUGGAAUGGACUAUGCCAGAAUAUGUUCGAAGUCGACGAACAAAGUUUGAUAAACGCACCGAAGAGUUGAAACAAGGCGGUUUGUGGCUACCGCCCACCUACGACGAAAUCUACUUCUCAGAUGAUGAGAGGAUCCAGCAAUUGAGAGAACGACCUGAGUUUCCCCAAACUACAGCCACGAGGGAGUACAAGGACAUUCAAUUACCUUAUUCUCUUGGUCUGAUUCCUGCUCCGAUUGCACAAUUCCUGCGAGAUUACCAGGUUAAGGGCGUGGCCUUCUUGCAUGAACAUUUCGUGUAUCAGAGAGGCGGAAUUCUUGGAGAUGAUAUGGGCUUGGGAAAGACCGUACAAGUGAUAUCAUUCUUGACUGCGGCAUAUGGCAAGACAGGCGAUGAGCGAGACAAGAAAAGAAUGAGAAAGAUGAGGCGGGCCAAUCAAAAAUACCCGAGGACAUUGAUCAUUUGUCCAGGGACCUUGAUGGAGAACUGGAAAGACGAGUUUCGGCGCUGGGGCUGGUGGCAUGUCGAUACCUACCACGGCGGUUCUACUCGUCGCAACGAAGUCUUCGCGGUGGCUCAAGCAGGCAUGCUGGAGGUUAUGAUUACAACUUAUCAUACGUAUCGCACUCACAAAGAGGAGAUCAACAUGAUCGAGUGGGAUUGCGUGGUUGCAGAUGAAUGUCAUCAGAUCAAAGAGCGCCGUUCAGAGAUAACCCAGGCCAUGGCCAACAUCAAUGCUUUGUGCCGGAUUGGCUUAACUGGUACAGCCAUUCAGAACAAAUACGAGGAGCUUUGGGUGCUGCUUAAUUGGACGAAUCCUGGCAAACUUGGUCCGAUAACGACCUGGAAGAAUACGGUUUGUGUGCCACUGAAACUGGGUCAGAGCCACAAUGCCUCGAAUUAUGAGCUUGCUCGAGCAAGAAAGACCGCGAAGAUGCUUGCUAAUAACCUCCUACCUCAAUUCUUCUUACGGCGUACGAAAGCUAUCAUCAAAGAUCAGCUUCCGAAGAAGACUGACCGGGUUGUAUUUUGUCCGCUCACUCCUACUCAAGCGCAAGCAUACCAGAACUUUCUGGAAAGCGACAUUGUGCAGUACAUCAGGGGCAGCAGCCAACUUUGUGACUGUGGGAGCGGUAAGAAAACUGGUUGGUGCUGUCGUAUGCUGCUGGAAGACGGAACUCCAUGGCAAAAUUGGGUGUUUCCUGCAAUUGCCAACCUGCAAAAAAUUUCGAACCAUCUGGCCAUUCUCAUUCCUCAGGGUAGCGACACGAAAGAAAAGCAGGCCAAAGAUCUUGAGACGCUGGAAAUUGCAAUGCCUGACCAGUGGCAGGACCUCUAUCGCACUCGGGACAGCAUUUUGCAUACUGGGAAUCCUGAGUACUGCGGCAAGUGGCGGGUGCUGAAGAAGUUGCUCAACUUCUGGCAUGAUCAAGGCGACAACAAGGUCCUCAUCUUCUCACACAGCGUGCGGCUACUGCGAAUGCUACAAAACUUAUUCAUCAGCACGAAUUUCAACGUCAAGUACCUUGAUGGUAGCAUGGCAUACGAGGACCGAUUUCAAGCCGUCAAAGACUUCAACACUGAUCCCACUCAGUUUGUAUUCCUCAUCAGCACGAAAGCAGGUGGUGUUGGGCUGAACAUAACUUCCGCGAACAAAGUUGUGGUUGUGGAUCCGAACUGGAAUCCAAGCUACGACCUUCAAGCGCAAGAUCGAGCUUACAGAAUCGGACAGACCAGAGAUGUUGAGGUGUUUCGCUUGGUCAGCCAAGGAACAUUAGAAGAGAUUGUAUAUGCUCGACAAAUCUACAAGCAACAGCAAGCCAACAUUGGCUACAAUGCAACAUCGGAGCGUCGCUAUUUCCAAGGUGUUCAAGACCGCAAAGACCAGAAAGGCGAAAUAUUCGGAUUGCAGAACCUUUUUGCCUAUCAAAACGAAAAUCAAGUGUUGCGAGAUAUUGUGAACAAGACAAAUGUCGCCGAAUCCAAGGCAGGCGUUCGUGUGGCGAAUUUGGAGCUUGACGAGCCGGACUCGGAGUCCGAUGAAGAGGUCAAAGACGAAGACCGUUCUAUCAAGACUGAAGAGAAAGAACACGCUGCGAUGUCUCAAUUAGCGGCAGAAAUUAUUGGUGAAGAAAAGACUCGUCGUGGCAAGACACCAUUUCGAGCAGAUGACGCACCAAGAAAGACCGAUCCAAUUCAAGCCAUUCUUUCGUCGGUGGGUGUUUCCUAUACUCACGAGAAUAGUGAGGUGAUCGGAACGUCGAAGGUCGAAGCAUACUUGUCAAAACGAGCUGAAGAAGGGGCGGACUGGGGAACUGCAGAGCAACAGACAAAGGUGUUUCGAGAUGAAUCUCAGUCCCAAGCUCAGGAGUACAUUUACACGAGUGCCGGAAUCGUUACACCAGAUGGCGAGAUACGCUACAAGUACAAACCUCCAACGCCUGUGAUGGAGCGCCAAUUUUGCAGCAUGGCACGCUGGGCAGGAUAUGACGAUGUUGUUUCCUUUGCGCUAACCGUUGAGAGUUGGACACAGGCUGAGAGAAGAGAGUGCUUGGAUCGGUUUUACCACGCCAGACGUGAUCUUCUUUCGGGGAUCGUCAAAAGCGAAGACUUCUACCAGAAUGAGGUCAAGGAGGAGAAUGUGAAAGCUGAGCUGAAGCAAGAGGUCAAGACGGAGUACACCGUGAAGCCGGAAGUCAAGAAUGAGGCCAAGGCUCAGUGGGAGACGAUCAGCGAGGAUGAAGAUGAUGAGCUUUGA